AUGAAAAAACUUAAUAUUUUGCUUACAUUUUUUUUCAAGGGUAAUGAAAAAAUCGAUUGCAUUAGCUUUAACUUCAUGCAAAAUCUGCCUCUUCCCCACAUUCCAUCAGAUCCAGUAUUCUAUUCACGUCAGUUAUGCUACCCCAUAUUUGGUAUACACAAUCUUGAUACAGAUGAGGCAUCCAUUUACGCUUACACUGAAGGACAAGCGAAAAAAGGUGCUAAUGAUGUGUGUUCCAUGUUGCUACAUUUUUUUAACAGUAACAACUUUACGACAAGGAGUCUUGUACUGCUUAGUGAUAGAUGUCCCGGCCAAAACAAGAAUUAUAUUAUGUUGCACUUUUUAUUUAUUCUGGUCCAUGUGUUAAACAUUUUUGAGAAAAUUACAUACCUGUUUCCUAUUCGGGGCCAUUCAUAUCUCCCUAAUGAUCAAGACUUUGCACUAAUCGAAAAAAAGAAACCGUAUUUGGAAAGAGUAAAGACACCUGAAGAGUGGGAUAAAGUGAUAUUGUCAGCACGAAGUAAACCCUCGAAAUUUUUUAUUAGUUAA